AUGGAAUGGAAUCCACCGAACGAAUGUCUCUAUGUCGUUCUUAAUCAAAUCUUACGAUCACCAAAUCGAGAACAACGACUGAGACCAUGGUAUCUUUAUCUAAAACUUUUCCUCAAUGCAUUAUUUCGACUUCCGGCACUUAACACAAUUGUGUUUCGAGGUGUCAAGUUACAUAUGAACGAAAAUUACAUCAGAGGUGAAAUAGUACAUUGGUGGGGGUUUUCAUCCUGUACUAUUUCUCUUGAUGUUCUCAAUUCUGAUCAGUUCUUGGGAAGAACAGGUGAUCGAACAUCAGUGUGA